AUGCUCGCGCUCGCUCCCAGCCACAGAGCCAGUCCGGAGCUCGUGCACUGUGAAUCACGUCUGACGUCAGAGUCACACUUAUAGCGCGCGUGAGAGCACGGUAGCAGCUCGCGCUCGGUGGGGUAAGAGAUUGUUUGUUGGCGCGGGCCAAACGCUGAGCGCACGCUUUUCUAACACAUCAGCUGAAGACAGGAAGACCACCCGCCUGAUUAAGCGUUAUGAGCUAACAAACUACAUGUUUUAGCUCUUUGAUGUCGUAGGCGUUUAUGUAGAAGCUCAAGUGAAUCGCUGUGAGCAAGGUGCGGAUGAAGAGGAUGCUGCUGGAAAGUGACGAAACAUCACAAACAUCAUGAUGGAGUCUCACUUCAGUACAGCAUCACUGCUCUUUAGCGCUGUGAUUCUCACGAAAGGAUAUUUAUAAUGCUGGAUAUCGAUUCUAAAAUGGGAAUAUACGAGUAUCUGUUUUCACACCGUUAACCAAAGCGUUCAUUUCUGUUUUAGUCCAUGCUCUGGAAAAUUCGCGCUGGUCAAGAGGAAGCUUUUUCUCAUCUCUCUUGAUUAUUUUAGCAACAUUGUUGCUUUCUAGCAGUUUAACGUCUUUGUUUCAGUGUGAAAUAUAUGAUGUAGUGUAUAGAAUGAGUCUGCUGAGUAUUCAAGGCGUGAGCUGUUUUAAAUAAGAGUUUAAAGUUGACCGUGAACUCUUGAGUUAACUUUGACAACUUAAAGUUGACAUCGACAUCAUGAAUAGACGCGGUUGAUUUUCAUCGAUCAGGUGUCUCUUUUGUGUUCAUGCAUGACUCUACUGUUUGCUGAUGGAACAGAAGGUCCUCAGUAAGUCCUCCAUGGUGUCUAGACUGCCAAAAUUUGGUGCCCGUCCUGUCAGUGGUACCCCCUCAUCCCUUCCCAAUGGUACAGCCCAGACUGUGCUCACGCAAGAUGGCAAGAAUCCCCCAGCUAGGCCAAAUGGAGUGCUCAGAGCCUCCUCCUUCUCCAUGAAAUGGAGAAAGGAUAGUGGUGGGCCGGUGGACCCUUCAAACGCAGUUGAGGGCACGAUACCUGAAGAGAGGGAAGAAGUUUGCUCCCAACAUUCUCCAGGAAGUAGGGAGUUAAAAAGCCCUUCUACUCCCACAACCAAAGUGCACAGGUCUGCCUCCUCCUUGUCCACUGGAAGCUCUAAAUCUGCACCCAAAACCCCUAAAUCCAUCCAGAGUCCUAAACCAAAGCCCAAAAUUUCUCAAAUCACGACCACCUCCAAAAGUCAGGACAUAUCCCAAAAAAGCUCAGGCUCCAAGCCAACUCAAAAUGGGACUUCACCUCUGGGGUAUUCACCAAGCCAAGCAAGCUCUUCGGGGCUUCAGCAAUCAAGGGCGAACUCCAACUCUACUCGAAGCACCUCUAAAGACAGUUUGUCCCAGUCCAACGACAGCCUCUCGCGACAGUCACUCGUGCCUGACUACUUGGUGCGUUCUCAGAGCUUCACUCACUUCAAGCAACUGCCCUCGCAAACGUCUGCACCCAUGACGCGUUCCUUCUCUUUCAAUAAGGCAGUGGAGCUAGCCAAACCGCUAGCUAAUACACAGCUCCGUCCUCCGAGAACACUUGGACUCAAAUCUCCUUUGAGUCUGAGUAAAGGCCGGCUAGUGCUUGGUUUGGGGGGCUUGGGAUUUGAAAAGGGGAUAACAGAUAGACUACCUUCUGAGAAUCCUUCUUCAGGGAGUUUAACACCUCCUAAUUCCAUAAAAAGGCCUCUUCUGCCUAACUCUGUGCUGACAAAACCCUCAUCACAGGCCUACAGUCUACAUCGACCAAUUCCUGCCAAACCGCAGUUCCCUUUAGUGGUUAGGAGGAGCCCAGUGGCUCGUGACAUUAUAACCCCGCCUCUCUCUCCUGAGUUGCUUCAUUGUGCCACAAAGAACACAUCAGGUUCCACAGAUUCCCCAGAGGAGCCUGUGACAGAGCCAGGGCUGGAUGGGAACCUCAGCUACACUGGAGAGAGAAUGGAGGACAUGUCUCUCUCCUCUGCAUCUUCUCUGGAGAGGAAUGACACAAGUGAAGAGUUCCUAGAUGACUUUAAUAAUCUAGGGGACCAGUCUGAAAAUGGCAUCCAUUUGAACAAAAAUCCUGUGGCCACUCCCACCCAAAUGCACAUGCAGGGAUUCUUUAAUGAGACCAUGGACUGGACUGGGAUUGGUCUGGCAGGUGACAAGACAGAUUCAAGUGAUCCGCCGCUCAUAUCCCCUGAUGUGGAUCGUCACACGACCUCUUCUUUGGAGCUCUCCCCCUCUAACAGCUCUGGAGGAACAUACAUGUGGGAUGAAGAGGGCUUGGAGCCGCUGGGACACAACACACACAUACACCGUUGCAGCAGUUAUGAGUCAGAUCUCAACAGCAUUGACAUUCUGAACAACUUGGAUAACACUGGCUCAUGUGACCUGGAAGAUGAUGACCUCAUGCUUGAUGUGGAUCUGUCAGAGGACGGGGCCUUACUCAAUGAUGGGAUGGCCCACUUUGAGCGCUCUGACAGGGGAGGCCGGCCGACUCAAUGGAGGAGGAGACAGCAAAGAUGGAGUGGAAUGGAUCAUGCUCACAAUGACAGCAGGCUGGCUGGGUUUCAUCGGUCCUUCCAUCCUGCAGUUCAGCAAGACAGUCACACGGUGGCGCUAGAUGAACUCACUCUCAAGCACAUGACGGAGGACUGCUCAUCUGUCAAAUCACAGCUGCUCAGACUUAAGAGUCUGUUGCAGAUUGAUGAUGGUGAGAUUAUUCCAGAGAGUUUGGAUUCGAGAGAAGAUGACAACAGAGCCCAGAAGAUGGAAGAACUGAUGAAGGAAGUGGCGCAUCUCAGGGAAGAGCUGAAAAAUAAAGAUAAAAUCAUUACACGACUCACUCAUCAACAGCAUCAACAAUAUCCGGUGAGAUGUCAGUGUCAUCAGCAGAAGUCAGGGGUCAAAGGUGAAAGAAAAAGAACUCAUCAUGAUAAAUCCACUCAGACGAUGUGGCGACCGCCGCAUCAUCACCCUGCUGCUGUAUCCACUCCGCUCCUCUCUCCCUGGCAGUGCCAGUACCAGACUGCACCUCGUGCCAGCAUGCCUCAACGCCGGCAAAGGGUGGAGCAUCUUAUACAUUACUUCCGCGAUACAGCGUGCCUCAAAUACUUCAACCCAUCAGUCACAUCCCCAAAGAAACCCUCAUCCAGGGAAAACUAGCAAGAAUAGUCCCCACCGGGGGCCACAAUGAAGCAUGCACCGAAGAGGAAUGGCUUCUUGUGUCCUGUCCUCCAGCCAACUGCACCUUUCCAAUUCUUCCUCCUGCUAAAGACCCUCACAUGGAGUCAAAAUCUCUGCCUGACCCAGAAGA